AUGACUCUUAAAAAUAUAGUCAAAAAUAUAUUUGUUGCUCAUAGCAACUAUGAAUAUGCAAAACAAGCAGUGAACCAAGCUCAUUGUUUAAGAGCUCUUUCUGAUGAUUUAUAUACUGAUCCAGUUCGUUUCAUUUAUGAGCUCAUUCAAAAUAGUGAUGAUGCUUAUGAUGGACAUCCGAUGAAAAAUCCACUAUUACGCAUUGCUAUUGUAGACAAGAAUUAUUUGAUUGUGGCUAACUAUGGAAAACCAUUUGAUGAAGAUGAUGUACGAGGCCUCUGCCGUGUUGGUUGUGGAACAAAGAAGCAUGGUCGUGAGAAAACCGGCUACAAAGGUUUAGGUUUCAAAGCCGUAUUUGGACAAUCAGAUUAUAUACUUGUUGCAUCCAAAGACGAAUAUUCCAGAUUUGAUUCGACAGCUAAUGAAUUUCAAUGGGAUCACAAAUGGGGGAAAGAUCAAGCUACUUGGGAAGCAGUUAAUCGACAAAAAUUCGAGUAUCCAUGGCAAAUCUGUCCUAUAUGA